AUGAGCAGUACGAAAGAGUGCGGAAGCGCUUUGCGCAAUGGCCACUAUGCUUCUAUUCUGCUCUCAAAAGCAGGCAGUGCCGAGUCUCAACCAGCCCCGAGCUCAACCUCCGGCUCCGUAUCGGACCCAGCCCCGGUUGCCGGGGCUUUGGUUAAGGCUUUCGUUACCCAGUUAAUUUCUUCUGGCUCCGGAUCUGGCCCGGCAUCCGAGACAUCGACAGAUAUCCCACAGGUUCUAUCAGUAGGCCUUGCUGCCUUGAACGCCUUCCUCCAGGUCAAUGUCACUGGUCCUGUGCUCCCCGAGUCGGCUACCCUUAGUUCCUAUUUCACUAAGGAGUGGGCCAGUGCCCAGCCAGACGACACACAAAAGUCCCAUGCUCAUCUUCACAAGGCUUGCCUCAACUAUCUUGAGGUUGAUGGCGUAUCGCCUUAUGCUUACAUCCCUCACUUGGAACUAUUUGCUCUAGCACGUUUCAUCCUUACACAGGAGCUAAAAUCCACCAACGGUAUUGUGAACAUCCUCUCCGAGGAACAGUCCCGCAAAUGCAGUCUUGUUUGGACACGACUUCGAGUUGACGUAUGGCACUACAAGCUCUUGACACAGCCCUCUCUGGGACAUGGCUCCAACUUUGCUCGAAGCUCUCAGUGGAGCGAUGUUCCUUCGCUUGCAACCAAGAUUGUGGGAGGUAUCGAGAGUGUACGAGCCCAAAUCCUAGGAGAGGAUGUUUGGGCCUCAGAUAGCGAUACAUGGAGUCACGAUGACAAGGUUCAAUUCCUUGUUGAAGCAGCCAAUAACUACAUCCUCCUGGGACGUGACGACAAAGCCAAAGAAGCUCUCAAGGAGGCUUCUCAGACAAGCGGCCUCGAGUACGCUCUCUCAGGUGCUCUCGGAAAGAGGACCAAAUUCCAGGAGAACAGCAUCAGCCAGCUAGUUGUUCUGGCUAAGAGCAGCGCCAAGCAACAGAGUGACAGUACGGAAGAGGAAGCCAAGCCUGAUGCUCUCCAACUGAAUGAUGAUACUCUCCAUGAGGAGAUCCAAUUCUCGAAAGAGGAAAACGUAGAGGAUAAGAAAGCCUCUCUUCCUGCGGCGCUAGCUGACCUGUCACCCGACGACCAACCCCAACUCUCACCUCUUGACCAAAUCAUUCUUCUCACAGAAGCUACGCUCAAGGAUGCUUUCUCGCCUAUCGACACCCUGACUUCAGCAGAGGUUCUACCAUAUGCAGUGCGAGUCAUUGGAGACAAGUCAACCAACUGGCAGAUUUAUACUCAUGCCUUGCUUGUCCGUUCUCGAAUCGAGGUCCACCGUAGCCGAACUAUUGAGCGAGGUGUGCUUCAGCUCCAAGCUGUGGCAGACCAGGUUCUGACCGACACAACUGCUGAAGCCCAACAAAAGGCCGAGACAAAGGAGCAGAAUUCCGAGGCGGACGCCCCAGCGAUCCAAAUCACUGCUCCUGAUCAAGCUCCGGCACCUAUUCAAAGCAAGCCAACCUCUUUCCUUCCUGCUCCUAAAGUUUCAGAAUCCGCUCCCGCGCACGUGCGUCUUGAAUACAUUCACGCCAUCUGCUCUCCUCCUCGAUGGCAUCUUGAGUCUGAGCUGGCCUACGCCUGGGCUGGUAUUGGUUCUUUAGCCUCUGCUCUUGAGAUAUUCAAGCGACUCAGGUUAUGGGCUGAAGUAGCACUCUGUCUCGCUAGCGCCGCAGCAUCUGAGGAUGAAGAUGGCCGUGGCAGUGGUGGUGAAGAGAAGGCUAAAGGAAUUAUCAGAUGGAGACUGUUCCACCGCACUGGAGAGAAUUCUCCCACCGAUCCAGAUGAUGAGAACAUCGGUGACGACGUGACCCUUCUCAAGGCUGCAGAUUUUUCCGGACCAGAGCGCGAGCCUUCACCACCCAACGCCCCACGACUCUUCUGUAUUCUGGGUGAUAUAGAGAAUGAUCCUUCUUACUACGAGCGUGCUUGGGAGAUCUCCAAGCAUCGCUUCGCUCGAGCCCAAAAGUCACUUGGUGAAUACUACCUCCAGAACAAGGAAUGGGAGAAGGCCCGCGAGGCAUACAAGAAGGCAACAGCUGUCAACCGUCUUAGCCCCGAGAUGUGGAGCCGUCUUGGAGAUAUCAGCCUGCGCCUUGGACAGUUCCGUAAUGCCGCUGAAGCUUUCAACCGUUCCAUCGGAUCGGCGAGUGAUACAGCUGGAGGCGAGGAUGCUCGAACAUGGAGCAACUUGGGAAGUUCUCUUUGGAGUCUGUACUGCGAAGUUGUUGCUGAGCAAAAGAACAAUCCUACCGCUACUAGGGAACAGUCUGCCCCCGCCCCCGCUGAAGAUGAAGAGGACGACGUCGCUCUUGCCUCCCCAUCCAAACCCUCAGACCGUGACCCGGCCACCCUACUUAGCCAGUCUCUUACGGCUUACAAGCGAGGUGCAUCCAUUAGUCACGAUAACUGGCGAAUCUGGGAUAAUGUACUCACAUUGGCAUCGCGUGUUCAACCGCCUGCUAUAGCAGAUAUGGUUGUUGCGCUCACACACAUCAUCCGCAUUCGAAAAACCGAAGAUGCUCUCGAUGCUGACGUCCUUGGCGCACUGCUUCAAGACGCUGUGCUUUCUGUCGAGAAGACACCAAACACAGGCGUGUACGAUCCACCUCGAGGAACGCCUGAGAGACUGGUAAUGCGCCUAUUUGAGGAGGAGGUGGUACCACUUAUCACAAAGCGAUCAGAGCUGUGGACACUAGUCUCCCGACUUCGUGCCUGGAGAAGAGAUUACGCCGGCUCUAUCGACGCAGCUGAGCGAGCAUGGCGCGCAGUUAUCGGACAAUCAGGCAGUGGUCUUCUGCCCGGCGCAGCAGCCACAACAGAAGAUGAGGCUAGAGACUGGACCGUUGAUGAAGGUGCUUGGACUGUCGUUGUGCAGAGAACUGAUGAGUUGGUGUCAGUGUAUGAAAACUGGGGCCCCUCUGUCGAAACCAUCGGUAGCAAAUGGAAGGGCAAGGCGAGAAGCGCAGUGAGGAGUGUGAUGGGCAAAGGCAAGGAGAGAUGGGAGGGAAGCGAAGGCUGGAAGGUUUUAGAAAACUUGAUGGAAGGGUUGAGGAUUUUAUAA